AUGAAUGAGCAGAGUUUUAGUCGCUACCAUCAUUCAACUAAUUUAGAUGAAUGUCAAGAGAAUAAUAAUGAUGUUGAUAAUGGUCGUCCAUUUGAUAAUGACUCUUUAGAAUAUCAGUCAAAUAACAGUACACUAUCAUCAUCAUCAUCAUGUUAUGUUAAUUAUGAACUACAAAGUAAGAAUUAUGAUUCUGAUGAAAUUCUUGAUUUGAGAAUGCAUAAAAAUAAAAUCUUUGACACUUGGCCAUCAACAACAAUAUCUUCAUCUUCAUCCUUUAACUCGUUAUUUUCCACAAAUAUAAACCAUGAUAAUCAUUCGUGUAAAAUAUCGAAUUCAGAAUUAUUAAAUAAUCUAAUUGAAAUGAAUAAACAACAACACAUUGAUGCUUUAUUCAAUCAUCAUUUAACUUCAUCAUUAUCUUCAUUACCAAGUACUACUACUAAUACUACUACUACUACUACUACCACCACCAAUAAUACUACUAAGUUGAAUACAUUUUCAACUGCUUUAACAUCAUCAGUAGUAUAUGAAAAAUUAACACAAACAAUAACCACUUCCAAUAUUAGUCCUAUAAAUAAUUUAAUAGAUUUUACCAAUACACUAUCAAAAACUAUUCAUACAUUAUCUAAAUAUCAUUAUUCUAAAUUAAAUGAUCAUCAACCAAAAUCAUUAUCGAAUAUUAAACAUUCAAUUAAUCAUGAAUUUCAAUUGGAUAAAAUAAAUUUUCUUUCAAAUUUCCCAUAUUAUCUUUAUCGAAUUUUUUCUACAUCAAAUAUCAUUCCUACUAUUCAACAACUACAACAACAAUCACACCAGCAUCAGCAGCAACACAAUCAAGAACGACAAUCCUAUAAUUCUAUUAAUUCAUCUUCAAUAGAUCCUUUACAAGAUAAUACAAAUAUUUCAUAUUCAUUAUUAAAACCAUGUAUAAAAUUUUCUAAUAUGAAUUCAAUCAAUCAACAAUAUGCAACAUCAUUUGAAUUAUCAAUUAAUUUUAUAAAUUGGUAUCAUCAAUUUAUGCAAAAUUUACAUCAAUUAUUAUUAAAACAACAAUUCAAACAACAACAACAGAAAGAGACAAAUGAAUUCAAUAAAGAAUAUCAAAUUAGUUUAAGUUCAUUUAAUUUACAUUUAGAUAAAGAGAAAUAUUAUCAAAAGAUAAAUAAUUCAACAGAUCAUUUAAAAGUCAAUAAAUAUGAUACAUCAAAUGAUGAAAAUUUUUCUAAUUUUCAAUCAAAUCAAGAUGAAUUACCUAUUGAUUCAUGUUCACAAAAAUGGAUCAUUUAUCAAAAUGAAUCAAAUCUUUUAUCUGAACAAUCAACAUUUACUAAAUCAAUAAAUGAUAAAAUCAAUACAAAAUUAUUCAAUAAAUCUAAAUUAUCCUAUUCUAUUAAUUCAUCACUAUCAUCAUCAUCAUCAUCAUCUAAUCCAAUUCAUUAUUAUCGUCAUAUUUAUCAUUAUCAUCAUAAUCAACAAUUAAUUAAUAAUCGUAUUAAAUAUAAAUUACAAUUAAAUAAUAAUAAUAAUCAUCAUAAUAUAAAAAUCAAUAAAAAUUCUAAUUUAUUAUAUCGUUAUCAAUGUCCACAUUGUAAUAAAGAAUUUCCACGUUCAGCUAAUUUAAAUCGUCAUUUACGUACACAUACUGGUGAAAAACCAUAUCAUUGUGAAUAUUGUCAAAGAGGUUUUAGUAUAUCAUCUAAUAUGCAACGUCAUAUAAGAAAUAUACAUCAACGUGAACGUCCAUUUAUAUGUACAAUAUGUAAAAGAGCAUUUGCUCAAAGAACUAAUUUAGAUAGACAUAAACGUAAUCAUUGGUUACAUAAUUCAUAA